ACACUCCCACAUAGCCUUCUGGUGUGUGUCAGUUUCUCAGUGUCUCUCAUUAGCUUAAAACGUUUAAUUAGCUAGCUAACGCAUCUGUGUCAACAGAGGAGCUGUGAGUGUCAGGGAUAGCUGUCCCCUGAUAAGCUAAGAUUGUCUUUGCCAUGCAUAGUGCUGAUAAAAGCCAGUCAGUGUGGAGCCUGCUGGUGGAGCAUGUUCCCAAGGCGGAGCUGCCAGCGGUCCAGGCAGCACUGGGGUGCUCCCUGGUCGACAUGUACACCGAGGCAUACUCUGAGAUGGAGAUGUGGCAGGGCAUAUGGCAGAGAAUCCAGCGAGAUGGUAACCAUGGUAACAGGGCGGGGUCCCAGCCGGCUCUACCUGAUCCUCCUGCAAUCAAAGAGCUGCUGAGAGCCGAGAUCCAAAUGUUACUACAGUCUGUGAGGGAGAGAGCCAGCAGGGAGGGGAGGGAUGCUGAGGAAGUCUUGCUGCGGUACGACUCAGACACAGUCAACUACGCCAUGUGUUAUCCUAACAACUGCCCUAGCAACUGUAGUUACCCUGGUAACUGUAGUUGCUUUGGAAAUACCAACCUCAUCCAACAUGGAAACAGGUCUACUUCUCGUUGUUCAGUCCAGUCCAGUGUUCAUGAUGAGAUUGAAGCGGUGCAGGACAAGUUGAAUGUCACUGACAUAAACCAAGUGGUGGCCCACCUCAGGUCUGUCCUAAUGCAGGAAUGUCAAGCACUGAAAAGCCAGGUGAAGCAUAUACAGGAGACUAUUCAACAGAAGUGCAGCAGUCAGUGCAAGGAUAAAACAGAACCAACAAUCUCAGAGCUAAGAGAGCAGAGGCGCAUUAUCCAAAUGGACUUGGAGCUCCCCACUCCUCAACUCAUCAGCUUCCCCUCUUCCUCCUCCACCUCCUCAUCCUCAUCUUCCUCCCUUUCGCUCAUGGAGGAUUUAAACAAGAGAUCCAGUUUGUCAGCAGGACAAAAGACUUUGCGACCUCUAACUCCUACACCAUUCCAGAGACCGCAUCCCCCUCCUCCUCUGUCCCACACUAAACCCAGCCGACCCGUCAGUGCUACCCUCACUAAACCCUCUGCAUCUAGAAGACUGAUCCGCACUUCUGCACUGGCGAGGACUCAAGGUCAACAUGAUAGCAAGCCAACUUUCACUGAACCAAGCAUAACGCAAACACCCGGCUCCCACAGGAUCACUAGUGAGGGGCCUGAGAGCGCUCCCUUCACUGCCUCACGUCCACGGCAUGGCAGUGAGCAGCUAAUAACUAAAAGCAACAUUUACUGCGUUCCUUUUCCAGAGAAAAAGAGUUUGGACUUCUGCUGUUAUAGGACCUUGAGUCCUAGCAUUCAAACAGAGUCUAAAAGAAAUCUAUCCAGCAGUGGCAGGAGUCUUAGCCUGAGCAGUGAGUUUGUUCUGCCUCCACAGACUGAAAGAAAAGGCAGCCCUCUCCUUCUUCAGAGGUCAAGACAUACCACUGAUAGCCCCUCACCCAUCCCUCCUCUCAGCCCUCUCCGUGAUGCAAAGAGUCACCAGCUCAGUUACAGCAGCAAUGAACAUUCUGUUUCAGCAACUGUGACACCGCAGACACAAAUACCUGAAGGUGUUAUUUGCCAGUUUCCAGCAGAUAACACCAACAGUGACCCUGUGAUCAGUGGUUCACAGACGCAGGACACAUGUACCCAGCCAGCAUCCCCACAAAUGGAUGGACAGUCCUUCAGCUUCCCCACAGCAUGGCUUGGGACCACCAGUCAGCCAAUAAGGGGCAAAGCACAGACGGGACGAGAGUGCCUCAACAUGUAUUUUCAGCCAUUUCCUCCUGCAAUACCAAAAUUGUACAGUAGAGGUCAGCCUGUGACCAGCCAGCUUGGGUUAUUACAAGGGGACAGUUACUUGGGGCUGUAGCAAGAAAUGAUCAAACAGAGUGUUCAGGGUCUCUUUGUGUUCAUUUUAUAAACAUAUCUUUUAGACAUUUCUAAUGAAGUUUUCUGAUUCUUUUUUGUGGCAUCACAGACUACAAUAAAACCAUAUAAGACAA